CUCCCGACGCGUGCUCUAGAACCUUCCACAGCCUUCCCGACGCCUCCCGACGCCCGCGCACUGUACGGACGGGUAUUUAGCACUGCGGCCGCCACUCCACUCCACCCCCCGCGACCGCCCGACGGAAUUCACCCACCGUCUCCCUCAUUUCUUUACCCACCAUUUACCUUAUUACCGCACAAAGAUCUCGCCCGCCGCCUUCGAUUCCGUCCCAAAAAUCCGAGCUUUCAGCGGGAGCAGGGCUGGUGGGGCGGGGGUCGGCCAUGGACGCGAUGCCGCCGGAGGGCAUUGUGAAGGAGGAGGAGGUGCUGCUGCACGAGGAGCGCACGCACCCGGCGGCGGCGCCGCCGCAGCAGCGGCAGGACGGGGCGCUGCCGCGGCCGAUGGAGGGGCUGCACGAGGCCGGGCCGCCGCCGUUCCUCACCAAGACGUACGACCUGGUGGAGGACCCGGCCACGGACCAGGUCGUGUCCUGGGGCCGCGCCGGCAACACCUUCGUCGUCUGGGACCCGCACGUCUUCGCCGAGGCCCUGCUCCCGCGCCUCUUCAAGCACUCCAACUUCUCCAGCUUCGUCCGCCAGCUCAACACCUAUGGAUUCAGAAAGGUUGAUCCUGACAGAUGGGAGUUUGCAAAUGAAGGUUUCCUUAGGGGUCAGAGGCAUCUUCUCAAGACGAUCAAGAGAAGGAAGCCGCCAUCCAAUGCGCCCUCAUCACAGCAGCAGGCCCUCACAUCUUGCCUGGAGGUUGGUGAGUUUGGAUUUGAGGAAGAGAUUGACAGGCUCAAGCGCGACAAGAACCUCUUGAUCACAGAGGUAGUGAAGCUAAGGCAGGAGCAGCAAGCUACUAAGGAUAAUGUGCAAGCCAUGGAAGGCAGGCUACGAGCUGCUGAACAGAGACAGGCCCAGAUGAUGGGGUUCUUGGCAAGAGCAAUGCGUAACCCACACUUCUUCCAGCAAUUAGUCCAGAAGCAAGAUAAGAGGAAGGAGCUUGAAGAUGCCAUCUCGAAGAAAAGAAGGCGGCCUAUAGACAAUGCUCCAUUUUAUGGUUCGGGGGCAACAACAAGUCAGAGCGAGCAACUUGAUUCACAGUUCCUGUUUGAUUCUGGUGUCCUCAGUGAACCUGGAAUGAACGGGAUGGAGAAUUUAGCGCAGAACAUUCAGGAGCUUGGGCAGGGCAAAACAGACGAGGAGAAGAAGGAUGAAGCUAAUGGGCAGCUGGACAUCAACAACGAUUUCUGGGCAGAGCUAUUUUCUGAUGAUUUUGGAGACGAAGACGGGUCUGGGCUGUCAGAGUUGGAGGGAAGGAGACCUGAAGAUAUCGAUGAACUGGCUCAGCAGUUGGGGUAUCUGAGUUCUACUAGCCCGCAGUAGAGUUUUGUUCACAGUGGUUCACUUCAACCAACAAACAUUGCUUCUUCAGUACUACUAUUGCAGAUCAUCUUGAACAAUCUGGUAUAUUUCGUGUUCAAUAACACAAAUAUCAUAAUCUUACUAAUAAGUGUAGUGAAAAUAUGGUAACAUGGUAAUUAACGCAGUGACACAUGUAUGAUUUGUGUUGCCAUAAGUCUGCAGGAGUGAGAGUUAGUGUAGUGGUUGGAUCUUUGAGAACAUGGUUGAAACCUACAUGCCUGUUUUCAUUCUUGAUUGGUCUGCUUUAUGGCUUUCCCUCUUUUGCUACUUACUGAAGCUUUCUUGUUUGUUCAUUAACCAGAUUUAGUUGAUUGGUGGCAACAUGACUGGCUAUCUGAGGUGUUCCAUACCGGAGAUUGGAACACCUCUGGGUAGGGAGUAGAAGCUGAAGACUAAUUGCUGCGUCGCUUGAUGGAGACCCAUGACGUGUAUUGAAUGGUUACCUAAACUCGUAAUUCUGAAGAAGAUGGUCCAGGUAGUCGACAUUCGGUUGUUCUGAGCUGGUGUUCAGCAGCAGUAGCUGUGGAAGUGUGUUACUGUAUAUACUCGUUGGGUGAAGCUUUGUUGUGAAAGUCUGAUCUGUAGUCAGCCGUUGGCAUCUGGGUGUGGGUUCAGUCAUUUCUCCUUCUGCCGUCCAUUUGCCAAUUUACCUUACUUUUAGGGCCUGUGUCCUGUGUGAUGAUUGGUAGUGUAUGCUGCAACCUCUGUUAUAUUGAGAUAAUAAAUGUUGAUAACCUUUGCAAGGUACUA